AACACGGGGGCGCGUCUCGUUAUAUAAACGCUCGCUCAUCUUUUCCAUCCUGCGCCAACAUCGAUCCCGUCUGUCUCGUCUUCACAUCCCACGUUCUGAUAUUUUACGUACUCUUGAGUUGACCCAACGUUGCGAGUAGAGAGAGAAUGAAGCGAAGUUUAGAAGUCACAGCCAUAUCCGGCGAGGACCUGCGAUACCAUAAAAAGCCAUUGAAGGAUGCCAUCAUGGUGGUCCGAGCGGACUCCGACGACCACUGCAUGACGAAACCGGCGGCGGAGGAAGGUACGAAUCCCAAGUGGAACGAGAAGCUCAGCUUGGACGUGUCAAUGCAUGGGGAGUUUAUUACCGUGGAAGUCCACUGCAAGCGGUCAUCGUGGCGUGAUCAUAAGCUCGUCGGUGGAGUGAGAAUACCGGUUUCGGAUAUUCUCGGCGGCCUUACGCCGGAAAAUUAUGUGCAUUUUCUAAGUUAUAGGUUGAGAGAUAAUUAUGGUAUACGUAAUGGUAUUAUCAAUAUUUCGGUGAAAUCGACAACGCCGGCAUACGUGAUGCCGAAGCCGCAGCUGCAGCCUGAGUUGGGAGUUCCGAUGGGUGAAAGAAAGGUGGCCGGUGGCACAUUAGUGACCGGAGUUCCGGUUUGGUUUGCUCAACCAUGUAGAUAUUAAAAACAGACCAAAGUUACCAAUACUUUCCGACGUUGGCCGAAAAUAUGUCCUGUAUUCCUAAUUCUACUGAUAUUUCAUAUCGCUUUUUACGAAAUUUUUUGUGAUUUCAUGUA